GUGCGGUCGGGGCUGGACAACCAGUUCCAGGAGCCCGGGCAAAAGGGCCCGCUAUGGGAGGAGGUGACCGUGCGCAUGGCCGCGGCGGGGUACGGCGGCCGGAGCGUGAAGCCGUGCAAGGAGAUGUGGAAGAACAUCAACAAGUACUUCCGCAAGGCCAAGGAGAGCGGCAAGAAGCGCCCCGCGCACGCCAUGACCUGCCCCUACUUCGUCGAGCUCGAUCACCUCUACUUCCACCCCGACCGUGGCUCCGGCGCCGGUGCCGCCUCCUCCUCUGCCGCCGGCAACACCAACACCAAAACUAAUGCCGAUGCCGAUGCCAAUGCCAAUGCCAUAGCCAGCGCCGACGACGCGGGCAACAAGGCAAGCGCGGAGCUGCUGGACGCGGUGGUCAAGUACGCCACCGACACGCACUACGGCGCCCCGCCGGGGUUCCCGACCGACGGCGUCCGUGGCGGCAAUGCAGGUCGAGAAGGCACCAAGGACGACGGCGAGGCCGUCGACAUGGGCAGGGCGUCGGGCAGAGCAGGCGACGACCACGAGGACGAGGUGGCCCGGAGCCACGGGCACAACGACGACCACGAUCAUUAG